AUGCAUCCCUCUUCACCCUUUCAGUGUUGUCCACCUAUACCUCGCCGGAUCCCAACACAGCUUCAUGGUUCAUUUGAUGACCCGGGAUUUACUGGAAGAGGGCGCUACAGUGAAAAAAUGGCACCUGAGAUCAACAUUACCGAGUGGCGAAAAGGGUCUCAGUGGUUUGAAGUCAACCGCAAACUGGCCCUUGACAUUGUUGGAGAUUCCAUCUUCCACUCUAAGUUUGAACAGUUCUGCACAGGAGAAUGCUACCCCGAUGAGCAUUAUUUUCCAACCAUGCUAAGUAUUCAAUCUCCCCUUCUCUUGGCUAACAGGAGUCUUACUUGGGUGGAUUGGUCUCGUGGUGGAGCUCAUCCUGCUACUUUUGGUAAGGAUGAUAUUAAAAUGGAGCUUUUCAAGCGAAUGUUUAGAGGUGAAACUUGCUUCCACAAUGGCAAGCCUACAAAGCUGUGCUAUCUUUUUGCGAGGAAGUUUUCUCCCGAUGCUCUGGAGCAGCUUCUAGAAUAUGCAACCCGAAUUUUUUACUAUUGA